AUGGAUAUCUGGCUCUCCAUGAUAAACAAUCAGGUUAUGUCGGACUCGCACCGACUAAAACCAGCAUGGUGGUCGCCAUCAUCUUGGUUGAGAGGUCAGGGAAUCUCCAUUCGGAACACAACCGCUGCCCCUCUUCAUUCGACUAGUGUGACCCUGGGUAGCACUAUCGACAAGUGUAACCCUCAGCAACCCUGCGGUGCUACCGUGAUGAUUCGGGAACACUACAAGCCACCAGCUCUCUCAGAGCCGCCCGCAACCAUUGAAACCCCAUUUACGGUAGAGGAAUAUCAU